GGACACAGUACACACAGCCCAGAGCCUUGGCUCAAAGGGAAACAAAAGGAACUGCCUGGGUUCCCAGGGCUAUGGCCAGCACCUUCAUACCGGGACUGAACUCUCAGAACCGUCAUUAUAUCCCGGGGUACACUGGACACUGCCCACUACUUCGGUUUAGCAUGGGCCAGACCUACGGCCAGGUGACUGGUCAGCUACUUCGAGGCCCUCCUGGUUUAGCCUGGCCACCCACCCACCACACACUUCUGCCUCCCAUUCGGCCUCCAAGACCGCCUGAGGUUCCCAGGGGGAGCCUACCUCUCAGGUGUGGGCAUGAAAGGCUCAGCAUGAUCCCUGGAUACACAGGUUUUGUGCCUCGGGCACAGUUCAUCUUUGCCAAGAACAGCAGCCAGGUCUGGGCUGAGGCUCUGAAUGAUUUUACUCCAUGGCAUGGGGGGCAACAGAGUCAAGAACUACCAAAGGAGGCCCAGGGAGGAACAGACGCAGAGAAAGACCAAGAGCCAAAGCCAGAGCUAGAGCUGGAGGCAAAGAAGGAGCCAGAGCUAGAGCAGGAGGCAGAACAAGCUUCUCCCUAUUCCAUGGAUGAUAGAGACCCUCGAAAGUUCUUCAUGUCAGGCUUCACUGGUUAUGUGCCCCGUGCCCGCUUCCUCUUUGGCUCCAGCUUUCCUGUGCUCACCAACCAGGCACUGCAGGAAUUUGGGCAGAAGUACUCAAGGGGCAGAGGUCAGAAGGAUCCCAAACAUCUCCCCCCACUUUCCAGGACCUACCCUCAGAAUCUAUGCCUUUUACCUAACUAUGGGGGCUAUGUGCCAGGGUACAAAUUCCAGUUUGGCCACACAUAUGGGCAUCUCACUCAUGAUGCGCUGGGCCUCAGCACCUUCCAGAAGCAGCUCCUGGUGUAGGUACCUGGACUUCAAGUUCUCCCUUUCCUUUGCAUUCUAUCCUAGCCGUCCUUUUUGGAGGAAGAGAGGUGGGGGGGCGGGGCACAAAGAGAAACUGGUUUGGAGGCCGAGCACCUUUUUUAUUAAUAGGUGUAAUAAAUAAAUAAAUAAAUACAUAAACAGA